GCACUAUUCAUGAAAAGCUUAACGAAGAUCAUAUUUCAUACAUCUUAAUACAAGUUAAAAAUUGGACUAUGGAUAAUAAUGGCGAUAACUAUUUACUCUCUGCAACAGCUUUGCUGUCACCAGCAUACAUAGGUGUUGAGAAACUUCCACAUAUGCCAUUUUUGUCAUUGUACUUGCAGUUAGGUGCAACAACAGAAUUUGUUGACGUUCAGCUUGCUAAGGUUAAGGCACGCCAAACACGUCAAAUUAACUUGUGCAAACGUAAAAUCGAAGAAGUGCUGGAAGAUUACCAAGUAGAUGAUGAUACAACACGAGAUGAAUUUAUCAAGAAGAUUAGAAUUGAUGGCAGUAAGGACGUCUCAGAUGCUGAAAUCACGGCGUUCCGAGAAAGUUUUCAGGUACCACUUGCAUUAUUUGGAUUAUCUUCAAACAUGUAUGGUUGUUUAGAACAGUUUAUGCCGGUCUCUGCAACCUCAUCUUCGACCACCACUAAGGAUCUCACAGGUAACUUUAAGCAACUGUUGACUGCUUGGGUUGAUCCCACAAUGGGCGAACAUCCAGAAAAAAUAAAGAUAAUUAAACGCAUGGUACCAUUGGUAUACGAGACGGAGUAA